AUGUCCAAUAAGACAUUCAUAGCUGUUGUCAAAUCCAUAUUGAGUGGUGAUACUUUGGUUCUCUCGAGUCCCAACAACCCGAACUUGGAACGGACCUUCUCGCUCGCCUUCAUCAGUGCGCCGCGCCUUAACAAGGAUGGUGAUGAAGCCUUUGCCUUCCAAUCCCGUGAGUUUCUCAGGGAAUCGUGCAUUGGAAAGCCUGUGCAGUGUAAGAUCCUUUACACAAUCCCUGGUUCAGGCCGGGAAUAUGGCUCGGCAAUCGUAAAGGCUGGCCCCGAACUGCCCGACGCCCUUGUCAAGGCUGGCUGGGCUAAAGUUCGUGAGGAUGCCGGCAAGAAGGAAGAGGACGAAGAGGUGCUUCAGAGACUCGAGGUCCUCCGCCAGCUUGAGAACGAGGCCAGGAGCGACGGCAGGGGUCUCUGGGCUGGUACCGGUGGCCACAUUGAGGUACAGAAUGACCUCGGUGGCCCUGAGUUCAUGAAGGAGUGGAAGGGAAAGACCGUCGAUGGUGUGAUUGAAAGAGUACUCAGUGGAGACAGGCUCUUGGUCCGUCUGCUGCUCUCGGACAAGAAGCACUGCCAGGUCAUGACGCUACUCGCCGGAAUCCGCACCCCCGCAACACAGAGGGCCGGUCAGAACGGCACUACCCAACCAGCAGAGGAGUACGGCAACGAGGCCAAGGCCUUUGUCGAGACAAGGCUGCUCCAGCGCAAGAUCAAGAUCGACAUUGUUGGUGCUAGCCCACAGGGUCACCUGGUUGCCUCGCUCAUCCACCCCCGUGGUAACAUUGCCGAGUUCCUCUUGGAAGAGGGCCUGGCACGCUGCAACGAUUUCCACUCAACAAUGCUAGGCGAGAAGAUGGCUCGCCUCCGUGCCGCCGAGAAGAAAGCCCAGGACGCACGCCUGAGGCUCCACAAGAACAGAGCCGUCAAGGCCGCUGGCGAGGGCGGCAGCCACGACAUGACAGUAGCCAAGAUCAUUGGUGCCGACUCCAUCAUUGUGCGUAGCAAAUCCGGAGCUGAGCGCCGCAUCAACUUCAGCAGUGUCCGCGGGCCAAGAACCGCUGAACCGUCUGAGGCACCCUUUAGAGAGGAGGCCAAGGAGUUUCUGCGUAAGAAGCUCAUCGGAAAGCAUGUGCAAAUCACGAUAGAUGGCAAGAAGGAGGCAGAGGGCGAUUUCGAGGCUAAAGAGGUGGCGACAGUCACACAAGCCGGCAAGAACAUUGGAUUGAUGCUCGUUCAGGAGGGUUACGCCAGCGUCAUCCGCCACCGCAAGGACGAUACAGACAGAGCCCCCAACUAUGACGAGCUUCUCGCCGCCCAAGAACAAGCCAAGACCGACGGCAAGGGCAUGUGGUCUGGCAAGGCACCCAAGAUCAAGCAGUACACCGACGCCUCGGAGAGUCUUCAGAGGGCCAAGAUCCAGCUCUCUGUCCUCCAGAGGCAAAAGAAGGUCCCCGCCAUUGUUGACUUUUGCAAAUCCGGAUCCCGUUUCACCAUUCUGAUCCCUCGCGAAUCGGUCAAGUUGACCCUCGUCUUGGGCGGCAUCCGCGCUCCUCGUGCUCCUGGUCGCAACCCUCAGACAGACAAGGGUGAGCCUUUUGGCCAGGAGGCACUCGACUUGGCCAACAAGCGGUGCAACCAGCGCGACGUCGAAGUGGAUGUGCUUGACUUGGACAAGGUUGGCGGGUUCAUUGGAGACUUGUACAUUGGCCGUGAGAGCUUUGCCAAGAUCCUGGUCGAGGAGGGUCUGGCGUCGGUUCACCAGUAUUCUGCCGAGAAGUCAGGGAACGCUGCCGAACUCAACGCCGCGGAGAAGCGCGCCAAGGAGGCUCGCAAGGGUAUGUGGCACGACUGGACUCCUGCAGACGACGAGGAAGAGGACGCCGGCGAGCAAGCUGCCGCCGCUGUCGAGUCGAUCAACAUCGACAAGAAGCCCCAGGACUACCGCGACAUCGUCGUGACCAACAUCGAGCCCAACGGCCGCCUCAAGAUUCAAGAGGUCGGUAAGGGCACAGCCGCACUCGAGACCAUGAUGACCGAGUUCAAGAAGUUCCACAACAACCCCGCCAACAACGUAUCCGGUGGCCUGACCAACCCCAAGGCGGGCGAGUACGUAGCGGCCAAGUUCUCGGCCGACGGCCAAUGGUAUCGUGGUCGGAUCCGAUCCAACGACCGAGCCGCGAAGGUGGCCGAGGUGGUCUACAUUGACUUCGGAAACCACGAGAAGCAGCCGUGGUCCAAGCUGCGGCCCCUCGACCAGCCGCAGUUCACAGUCCAGAAGCUCAAGGCACAGGCGACCGACGCCUCGCUCUCGUUUGUCGAGCUGCCUGUCAACCACCCCGAUUACAUGAACGAGGCGCUCAACGCCAUGGCCGAGAUGACCGAGGGCAGGCAGCUCGUGGCCCUGUACGACUAUGUCGACUCAAAGGACGGCAACCUCGCCUACAUUACAAUCUUUGACCCCAAGGCCGGCGGCGCCGGCGGCAGCGGCUCCACGUCCAAGGACUCGCUCAACCGCGAGAUCGUCGCCAACGGCUAUGCCAUGGUCCCCAGGAAGCUCAAGCUCUGGGAGAGGAGCAAGGUCUUUGAGACAACGCUCAAGAGCCUCAAGGAGGUUGAGACCCAGGCUAAGCAGGAUAGGCUGGGCAUGUGGGAGUACGGAGACAUUAGCUUUGAGGAGUAA